AUGGCGGGGCAUUGUGGGGCGCGCGUGAUGGCGGCGACCCUGGGGCAGCGGGCUGCAGGUUCGGCUCGAUGGGUUUGCAGCGAUGCUGCUCCUGCUGCGCGCCGACCUUGGAGGCUUUUCGGCGCCAUGUGCUUGCUGAGGCUCCCCCGGAUCACGCAGCCUCUGGAGAAGGAGGAGGAGGAGAUGGCGGCGCUCAUGGGGCAGAUAGAGCUGGAGAAAAGCCACUAUUCGGAUCAUGAAAUCCGAAAGCUGGAGGAGGAGGAGCGGCUCAAGAGGAGGAAAGAAAGCCCGUACGAUGAUGAAGAUGAUGCCACUGGCAAGACGGUCAUCAUGGCUCAAGACCUGGAGGACAAGUGGGAACAGAAGUUUCUGCAGUUCAAAGCUGCUCCACGGAUAACAGAUGCUGAUAAGAAGAACAUUCGAACAUCGUUGAACAGGAAGCUGGACAGUAACCUGAUGCUUCUGGUGAAACAGAAAAUUGGUAACCAGGAGCUGUGGCUCCUGCCUCAAGUGGAAUGGCAGCCUGGAGAGACUCUGCGAAGCACAGCUGAGCGAGCCAUGGCUACGUUUUUGGGAGAUCACAUUCAAGCCAAAAUCCUGGGGAAUGCACCAUAUGGGAUUUACAAGUAUAAGUUCCCCAGGGCCAUCAGGACUGAGGAUAAUGUGGGAGCCAAAGUCUUCUUCUUCAAAGCCUUCCUGCAGAGCAGUGAUUUUACCCAGACAGAGCUGAAGGCAGAUUACCUGUGGGUCACAAAGAACGAGCUGGGAGAUUACCUGAAGCCGGAAUACCUGAAAAAAGUCAAUCGAUUCCUCCUGGACUUGUAAGCGAAGGGUUGUGCUCCAGCAGAUGGGGAAGAUAUGGGACAUGGCUCCAGGGAGGAGCACGGCUGCUGCUUUGCAUGGUCUGUGUGUAUGAGAUGUUAACUUGGGCUCUGGAGGAUAAUUUGCCUUUGCCUUAUUUCUCAGUUCUCCUCACUGUCCCUGUACUGAAUAAAUAUUAAAACUUAUACUUGGAAG